GCUCAAACAAGCACGACCCAUGCAGUCAUCGCUGAGUUGUGUGUAAAAAGUGUAGCCCCGUUGCAAAUCUGACCAGAGAUGGAGCAAGUUCAAGAGUCUCCGCAGCAGUCCUACGCGGAGAUGCUGCCACGAGUGUGCGUCACUACCUAUCAACACGCAUUCUAUCCGCGGCCCAACAUAGUCAGAUGGUCCUCCUGGCAGUGAUUCAGUAAAAGUUCCCGCUCGACAAAAGGAAAAGCCUACGACUACGACAAUUCAAAAAGCAUAAAGAUGACGGAACCCGAGGAGUCGCUUGCCCGCUUGCGGGUGGUCCUGGAGGACACUCGCUUUUCUCCGGAGCAAGCGGUCGAGCACCUGUUAGGGCUGAAAAAAUCCAGCACCUUCUUUCCGGAAGCGCGUCUGACCGCUGCAGUUUUUGUGGCGGAGAAUAUGCAAGACUCGCACGGUCUGGGCCCUCGGUUUUGCCGACUGGUGGAACUGCUGCUGAAAUCACAGGUGCUGGAGGUCACGGGACUUCUGCGCAUGAUGGAAGAGAUGCUGACGGAGAUAGAAUCCGAACCAAAAACCCGACCCGCACAAACAGCCGGCGGCGGUAGCGGCACGACUUUGGCUGCAGAGGAGCACGCAGCCGUACUGGACACACUGCUGCAGGUUUGUCCGCAAGUUCCUCUACCCGCGAGAACCAAGAAGCUGGCACAGAAAUACCGCAAGCGCUUUCCACGCCUUGCACAGAACCUCAUCGUUCCGCAGGUGGUGACUUCUGGUGUCAUUGACGGCGAAGUGGACGCCACAAUACUCGACGGACAUGCACACGCCGGUGGGCAAAUGUUUAAAAAUCGUCUCAGCUGCUCACUGCAUCCCUGUUCGCGGAUGUGGAUCCCAGCUUCGAACUCCGGGUCAAGUUCUUCCAGUUCCUCCUCGUCCCGCCUGCCGUUCUUCUGUGUCAGUUACGUGGACUCGCAAACUCUUCUGACUGGGACAAAAAACGCGGUAUGCCAAUUUGACGUCACUGCGCAAUUAUGCACGGAUAUCAUUCCCUGCGAGGACUUUUCCGUCGUUUCCCUCGCACACAGCAAGCUCGGCGACCGGGCCAGCGUCGGCCUGGUGUCUGCCGACGGGCGGACAAGCGCCUUCGCGCAGCUCUGGCGAGAUACGCAGCAGGUGUGGCAAGUGGAAAUGCCCGACAAGCAGACCACUUUCGAGCGCGUAACUCGAAGUUGCUUCCUCGGCGACGCGGUCUGUCUCGCAGCCACCACGCUCGAGGAGAGCCUGCUACUGAUUCAGGGCGAGAGGGAGCUGCGCGCGGCGCGGCAGGUGCCGCUCGUGACGCCAGCCGGGGACCUCGUCGCGCUAGACCCGUUUUGCCUGGCCGCGGUGUCGCGCGCCCCAGCGGCAAGCUUGAUGCUCUUCGACAUCCGCGAGAAAAACGCAUGUGUGUCGGAAUACUCCAUGGCAGAAACGGAUCUGACGUGCGUUGCGGCUGUGAAGGUAAGUAGUAGCUACCAGUCGCAGCUUUAUUGUCUCCUGCUUCUGUUUUUCAUUGUUCUCCUUCUCGUACUCAUGCAUUGUUUCACAUAUUCGAGAACAGCCGCAUCCUAGCCCGCAAAGCACAUAUGUUGAAACUCUUUCAGGCUAAUUCGCAGUCUCCCGCGCCCACAUCGAUUCUUUGUGCCGGUGACGGCUGUUUUCAGUUCGACGCACGCAAACUGGAGCGUGGUCCGCAGGCCGGCCGGGAGCUCAUCGGCACCGCGAUACGGCUGCAUCCCUUGCGGCUGCCGAACUACUGCGCACUGCUGGACUCGUCUGGAGUCUACUCUUUCGACGUGAACACAAUGGAGCAGCUCGAACCCGCUGGAGGGGGUAAGCGUGCAGAUGCGUCCGCUGCAAAUAGCAGUUUCUGCUACGACCUCGCGGUCUGCGGUGACGCGAUUUUUGCAAGUGGCCUCGACGGAGUACAGCACUAUAGGGCACAGUGGUCAAAUAGUGGCCCCUAAACGAAUGACCGUCGUCAUGAAUAUCAAUAUUUUUCACUUGUGUGUGCCCGGACAGCACUGGGAACAUUUUUGUGUGCCGCGUGUCAACGCUGGAGGGUGGCCUCGCGUGGUGGUCUGUUCCACAAACCCUUCUCUAGCGCUUGCAAGCGCGCUUGAGAUUCGGUAACAUUAUCAUUAAAGCCCCG